AUGCACUACCCCGGCGAGCGCUGCCUGCCGGGCCCCAAAUUCCUCCCCGAGUUCCUCCCUCCGUGCCAGGCCCACCCCGAGCCCUUCGCCAACACCUGCCACCCCCUGAGCAUCACCAAGGGCCCCGCGCCGCGCUGGGGACAGAGCUGUCCCCAAGCCGCCACCGCCGUGUCGCUGCUGCCGUGCCAGCCGCUGGUGCAGAAGUGCCUCCUGCUCUACCCCGAGCCCUGCGAGACCACCCGGCUGCUGCCCGGCCCGAGGGUCUCCGCUGUGCCCCAGACCCCGAGGAGCGACAAGAAACGCGCGGCGCGGAGCCUCCCGCCGUGCGCCCCGCGCUGCCCCGAGCCCGGCCGGCUGCGCUUCCCCCCGUGCGGCAUCCGCGGCUCCUCCGCCUCCUGCCGGGCCGAGUGCCGCCCGCGCAAGGCGGCCGCGUGUCCCCAGCGCUGCCCCGAGCUGAGCGGCGGCUGCUACUCGCUGCCCCUCCGCGGUGCCACCGAGUGUCCCCCGCAGCAGAGCGUCACCCGCUCCUUCCUGCGGGAGCAGCUGGCCGGGGCGGUGCCCCCGCACCGCUGCUCCAAGGGGUACCCCACGCAGGAAUUUGGCACGGGGUGCUACUCGGAGCAGCAGCUGAGCGUCACCAGGGUCACCAAGGAGUGUCCCCCGCUGACGGGGGCGGCCAAGGGGUCGCCGCGGCUUGAGGGGAGCAAGGGCAGGAGCUGCUCGGCGCAGCACCUGAGCAAGUCCCGCUGUGGUCACCAUCAUCAUCACCACCGGGGUACCCCGAGACCCUCCCGGCUGGUCCCGGCCGGGGCCAAGCGCUCCGGGCACUCCAAGAAAAGCCGCAGCGCUUCCAAGUGGCUCUGGUGA